AUGUCUUUAGGAUACAAAAAGAAUGAUCUUGACCAUUUAUUCUCUAAAAAUGAUCAUACUUUGGAAUUAAAACAUUAUCCACCUUUAAAAUCAAUAUUAUCUCCUCCUCAUCAUAGUCAACAACAACCACAACAACAAUACAUAAGAAUGAAUGAACAAAAGAUUUAA